AUGUUUCUAAUAAAUCACAAAAUAAUCAUCUUCAAGUUGAUCUUUUUUUCCUCCAUACUUCUAAAAAAUGUAUACUGCAGUGAUACUUCCCGGAGGAAUUCGUUUUUAAAAAAGUCCUUCUCCCGGAUGCAGCUGUUCAAGGAUAGCAGAGAACCCCAGGGAAACGUGCUAAUCCGGAGGUAUUCCUACGGAGGAUUUUUACAUUUGCACAAAUCUCUCUUCAACGAGAAAAUAAACAUAAUACAAGAAAUAAGCACAAAGAACAGCGUCACGAACUUCGUAUCCAAAUUGAGGGAAUUCAGAAAGUGCAAGGAAAAUGUAUAUGAAAAGUUUACCAACACCUGUUCCAGCUUUGUUGAGAAGCUGUACACAGAGACGUACCUUAACAUAGACAAAUCGCUAAUGGAGAUAAACGAGCUCCUAAUAAAAGAGGUGAAGUAUCUGUUGCUCACCAAAAGUGACAUGAUCACAGAUGAAGGGAAAGUCAAGGAAGAGAAAUUUAAAAAAAGUCUGGUGGACAAAUUGUAUGACGAAUUUCUACAACAAGAAAAAUCAGAGAAAAAUGAAGAUGCUUUGCUCUGCUUCAACAAAAUUAACAUGGCUAAUAAAUUCAGAAAAUUUUUUAACAUCUACUCAAUUGAUGAUCCGGAGGCCAACGAAAUUAUUCUCAGUCUAAUUCAAAUUGACACGUCCAAAAUAAAGGUAGAUCACAAAUCCGUGCUUAAAAAAUUUGAUGAUAUAUUAAAUUCUCCCAAGCCCCACAUAUUGCUGAAACCCUUUUUUAGUGGAAGUGAAGAAGUGAUUAAUGAAUCCUUUUUGAUGACCUACUGGAUGUGUCUAAAGAAUCUGCACCAAUAUUUUAAGUCAUACAAUUCGCACGUGCUGUCCAUAAUAGGGGACGAAUUCAAAAAUGUGAUUUUCAGAUACCUAGACGAUGUUAUAUGCAAAAAUAAUCCCAAAAUAAUUCACAAUGAUCACGCAAAUUACUUCUUAAACAUACACCAUUUUUUUGACACCUUUAUAACUCUCAUCAUAUCGAAGGUGCACAACUCCAAGGUUACCAUUUUAAACGAAAAUGGGAUUCUUAUAUCCAUCCGCAUAAACACCCUCCCCGAUAAAUUUAUUCAGCUUGUUUCUACCAAAUAUUACUCCGGCACGCUGAUACCGCAUAGACUCUUUGACGAUGUUACGUACCUGUUGGUGCACGAGGACUUCCCCAUCUUUGAGCACCUCCACAAUUUUGAAAUCACCACGAUAAAUGCGGAUGGUGCGUCGAUGAAUUACUCCGACAAUAAGUACAGCCUUAUGAACGAAAGCGUGAAAAUUUCCUCCGUGACCUCCCAGGAGAAUGAAGAAAUUACAAAGUGCAUUAAAGAGGAAUUUCAUCAAACUUUGAAGAAAAAGGAAAAGACAAGGAGCAGUUACUACAAAUCAGUAGGGGACAUUCUAGCCAAGUACGAUGGUCGAAACAAAAUCACGGAGAAUGACAUAUACCUGUUGCUGCUUAACAUGAUUAAGGGCAAUUUGACAAACCUAAGUCUCCUAUUUUCACUGGAAAUAAUCAACUACCUCGAUGAAUACUGUGAGGAUGUGGAGCUGGACGACGAGGAGUUACAAGACAGCGAUUCUGAGGAUGAGAGCGGAAAUGAAAAGAAAAAAAAAACAUACUACAACGAUGUCGGAUUGAACUUCCCUCAUUUGGAUCAGCCAGAAUCGGAAGAAGAUAACUUGUAUAGAGGUUCGAUGGAAAAUGUAUCCUACAAUCAAUUUUAUGAAAACCCCAAGUUGAAGCACCUAUACGACUCAAUCUCUAACAUUAGUGCACCCCCCGAUAGGGAUGUUACCAACUUAAAGGCAACUGCCAGGCCGAAUGUAUCCUCAGAAGAAAUGAAUUUCAAAAUGAUGUCUUCUCUCCAUUCUUCCACGUAUAAAGCAUCCCAUCCGGACAUGGAAAAGAUGUUUUCUCCAUAUGGAGAGUCGCAUGGGACAGCCUUCCCCAACUUGCCCCCCUUGUCAAGCAUCCCACAAAGUAACUCCAUUGACAACAUGUCUGAUUCCACUUCAGAUGGAUCCACUUCAAAUUUGAGCAACACAUCAUUCAGAUCUGUUCCUAAUUUGUCGAAGGAGUGGACGACCGAUUCGCCGUCUCAUUUGCCGUCCGAUUUGUCUACUACUACUAUGGUCGAUGGGGCGAACGGCAGUGCAACAGAGGUCGGGUCGAAUCGGGGACUCGAACAAGAUGAGCAGUACUUAUCCACGUGGAGUUUGCCAAAAUCGGGUGAAGACCAUGCAGGAGGAAGUUCCCACGCGGGAGGCAACUCUCCUUCGUACGCCUCAUGUAUCGCGUCUUCCUCCCCUGAGGGAAAAACAGAAUCUGAAAAGCUCCAGUACUUAACGCCGAGCUCAUCAAUGAACAGUCUUUACGAAGAAGUGAAGGAGGAACCAUUCGGAGAUAAGACAAAUAGUAAGUUUUAUUCUAUGUCGAACGUGUCCGGAAAUCGCAGAAUGAGCAACAGUCUAGGCAGCUCUUCAGAAGGGGAAGAUCCAUAUGAUUUCAGAAAUGACAUAAAGUGGGAAGGCAUGGACAAAUUUUCCAUCCUUAACAUACCCAACCUGCGAAGCGAAAUAAAUAAUGAAACCACAAAUGAACAGGAAAAUCACGAGCGCAACAAUAAAGAAAUAAGCAACGACGCAUGGUACCUCAGGAUCCUAUGCAGGAAGAAAAAAAUCAUGGAAAAAGAAAAAUUAAAAAGUGUCAAGGAACUAAAGAACGACUUGCUACAAACAAAGUACAGUGUUUUUAGCAAAAAGGUAUUGUUCCUUAAUGAGGCAAAUUUGAAGAAUAUAUUCGAAUCGGCCUUCUUCGAUUCAAUUCAAAUGAAGAAUGCUAUCAUCAGGAUCAUGUCUUCCUACGAGAUAGACAAUCUGCAGAGCAUUUUAAAUGUCAAUAUGAGUGAUUUAAAUGACCACUUGUUCCACUUGCGUAAUAUUUUCCUAAAUAAAAAAAGGAUUUUAUCCUUCUUCAAUUUGAACACAAGUCAAAAUGUGAUUAGCAAAAUUGAGACGAAGCUUUAUUCUGUCUUCACCACGGUGUGGUUCCAUUACACAAAUUAUUUGUGCAAAGUUCUCGACAUAUUUGGAGUUCCGGAACUGCGCCUCCUUUCAAGCAUGUAUCAUUCGCUAGUUAUGACGAACAGAGAUGAGAAUCAUCUGAAUCUGUUAAACUAUUUUGGGUUCACAGAUGCGUUUAUGAUUUAUUUGUUAGUUAUACGGUUGAGGCGGAAUGUGCACUACAUUAACCAGAAUAAGGCUUUCGAUGUUGAGAACACCUCUUUGUUAAAAGUGGACCCCCUGCACAUUGCCCGUGGGCACAACGGGUACUUCUACGUCUUCACGAAUAACUGCGGGACCAAAAUUUUGACCAGCAGCUUGGAUAACAAGAACAAGAUUCACGCGGGGUUCGGCCUCCAUUUUUACACGAUUAAGAGUAUUGACAAAUCCAUCUUCAGCGCCAACCAAUGGACCGAAUCUGACUUUGAGGGCGAAACGAAACUCUCGCUAGUCAAGAAAAGUAUCUCCUCCCUCCUCGAAUCAAUAGACCACGGAAGCAUACACUACAAUAUAAACGACAAGAAGGAAACAGAGAAGUAUUCCUUUCUCACCAUCUACAGAAACGAAAACGCCAGCAACAUUAACGAUUUGCCAGCCCUCAUUACAGCCAUCAUAUGUGGAAAAUUAUAUGAUAUGAAAUCAGUCAAGGAUUGUAUAAAGAAGGAUGAAGUUUUUUUCUCUUUCACAAAUAAAAUGAACUCCAUCGUUUAUAACUUCUACAGCAACAGUACCAAUUUUAAGAAUAGCGCCUUCAUCUCCAAUAGGCAGUCCUACGAGAAUGUAUUCAGUGAUUUUUAUAAUAACGAAAAGAUACUCCUCGGGGCGCUGCUCCUCUACCUAGAGGGAAUGAAGCGAGACGUUGACCGCCUAGCGAACGAGAAUGAAAUAAGGUACCACCUCUCAUUCGUGUACAACCUUAUCAAGAUGCACAUCCUGAAGGAAACCGUGUCCACCUACAAGACGCAGUCCGAACUGUAUGCCCUGGAGGAAAUCAUGUUUAAAUAUAAACUCUACAGCGAGAAAAUAGCCAAUGCGCUAACUCUGUUGAAGGAUCUGAAAAGUGGAAACGAAAAAUUCAUCGAGGUGUUGGACACGAUGUCCCUAAUCUUCUACCGCCUCAAGGUGGAGGACCUAAGCAACGUCCUGGCCCAAGGUGUCCCAGAAGUACACACAGAAAUACUUAUCCUGGACCUAAUGGAUAUAAUAAACAUAGUGGCCUUUUUUCAUAAAGUGCUUAACAAAAUAGACACAGUAGAACAACUGGAAGAGCUAAUAGACAAGGAGAAGGUGAUAAAACUUCACAUUGAAGAAAUGAUAGACGUGGUGAAGAACAUAUUUGAAAGUUACGAGAACUACUACUACGACAUCAUAGGGGACGAUAUAAAAAAUACCAUUAAGGAGACGCUGCUAAAAAAAAUGAAAAAUUUAUUCAUAAAUUAUAAAAGGUUUAUAUAUGAAGAGAGUAAAAGAUUGUCGUCCAAAUUUAUAGGAAAUUUAAAAAAAAGAAAAUCCUUUUUUCUUUUUGAGGGACCAAUUACGUACAACUUCCCCAUAGAUAUAUCCUACGGAAAGGUAAAAGAUUUUGAUCAGAUAUUUUUCCUUGACUUGAUAGAUUACUCCUACUCUGACUACACCUGUUCUCACCUGAUGUGUUCCCAAGAGAAGAGUAACGAACAAAAUAACAGCAUGUCCAAGGUGAUUGAACGGGUGAAGAAGAUAAGCUUGCUGUACCACGCUUUUGACAUUCCGAAGGAAUACAAUGAAAAGCUGUUCGACCACAUUUUCGAGUUUUCUCAACAAGGAUCCAUCAAUAAGUCCUUUGUUCAGCGGAGCAAGCUCUGGGGGCGAAACGUACCCGAGGAGAGCUACAACAAACUGUGGAUCGUAAAUCUGCAGAGGUUUCUGAGGUACUACUUGGAAAGCAGCCGCAUACACAAGCUGGUCGACUUCAUGCUGAAAUACAGCGAAAUAAAAAUCGGAAUCAAAAAGCCAGUGAUGAAUGGAAAGGGAAGCACCAAUCUGUACCUCUGUAUAAGAGACCAGUGGCUUUACAAACACAGCUUCCAGAACAUGAAAUCGUAUCUGUCAAACAUUAAAAUGAAAUUUAACUUUAACGUAGAGGACAUAAAAAUGUGUGCUAAACAGAAUAAUAGCUACCUACACCUGAACACUCUAACACAUUCUAUGUUAAAUAUACUGGCAUACGAGCUACACAGCGUUUUUGAUAAGACGGAAAAGUUCGAUUCCAUGUUUUCACUGAUGGACGUGAAAAAGAACGACAUUUCGAGUAAGCUCAUGUUUCAAAUUAACAAUGUCCUGAAUAUGAAAGAGAAGAUUUCCAUUUUUUACUACUCCAAGAAUGCCUUACUGCACCUUACGGAGAUCCUUAGUCAGCACUUUAAGGAGAGAAUCAUCUACAUGUCGGACAAUAUGAAGGGAGGCUACGACGUCUACUCGUUUAAUCCCGCCAGAAAAAAAGGCAGCAGUAAAGUCAUCAUCCUCAAGGAAGGACACACCUUUAAAGUUUACAACCAGAGCAGCUCUCUCUUCAGCCACGAAAUGCAGCACUUGCGGGACAUCUCCACGUUCCACAUAUACUACGAAGAGCUGGCGAAGGUGAAGAACUACCUGGAGGCGCUGGAGAUGGAGUACAGGGAGAGUCCCAGCACGUCGUCGGAGGACAUCCACAUGGCCAUCCGGAGGAAAAACACGGAAAUGAACUACACGAACAUACAGGAAAUGAUUAUGACCCUGGUAAAGCGAAACGACGUGUACAACACGAAGAAGCGGAUUUUAAGAAAUUUAAUCGAUCUAGACAUGGUCAAGCACGGAAGCAAGAGAGUUAAGAAUAACUACCUGCACCUGCUGUACCUGGAGGUAUUUUCUCUCUUCGGAUUUGGCCCCUACAGCGAUUUAGACAACUUAUUGAACGACCUGUUUCUCUGUGAUAAAGGGCUCCUACAAUGGUUUAAAUCCUCCCUCUCGGAGGUGAGAAAGGAUGCAAGUGAUGAAGAAGGUUACAGCAAACUGCCAAUAUUCGUUUCUGCGCUAAGUUAUAUGAUAAAAAAGCUAGACAACAUAUUAUCGAAAAAGACGCUAGUGAAACAGGAACUGGAAAAUGAUAUACAAGUUUUUAAAAAGAAAAAAGGGGAUACACUACCAUUUGAUUUUGAGAAAUUCAUUCCUAAUUUUUUAAAAAAAAAAAAAAAAGUAACGUAUAACACUUUUGGGAACAAAAUCGAAGAGUUCAAAAUUGACGAGAAGGUGAAAGACCAAAUAUUGACAGAUAUAGAGCAGUACAAAUUUUCCAUUCCAUCGGAUCAUAUGAAGUCUUACUCCUUCAUUUCGCUCAUAGGGUUGGGUUAUUCCUACAUACAGAAGUUUAACGAGCUGAAAUUAGGGCUGCACUCCUCAGUCUCCUCCAGCAACGUCAUCACGCUGAGGAAGCUUUUUAACUUGUUCUACGUGAACGAACUUACAGAGACCAUAAACCUGAUCAUGCACGUUAUCAUGAAUGUGUACAUGAGAUUUUUUUACAAAACGAAGAAGUUCUUGAAGGGUAAAGAAAUAAAUCUAAGUAAGAACAAGAAGAGACAGUUUGCCGAAAUUAUUCUAUUAAGGGAGAGUGUAAACAUUGAUCCGUUAGACUGGAACAAAGCCCAAUCUGGUGACGGCAGCACAGACAAACUGAACAACAGUACAACAUCCUCCACCGUGCAUGAGUAUUACCUAGACUAUGUAAUGAAAAAUACGUACGAUUUUUUUUACACCGUGUUUAAGUGCUCAGAUGGUAAGCCGUGCUUCCUCGAAAAGGACGAAUCUGCAGAGGAGACGGUGAAGAAGUACCUUAGGAAAAAUCCCUUUAACCAAAAUAUGAUUUGGCUCAUACCAAUCCUUUCAAACCACUUUAGGAGCUCUAUAAGUGUCCUCUACAUGAAUGACAAAGACAUUCGUUUGUAUAAGUACCUGGACGAUAGCGCUAUGAAGUUUAGCAUUCAAAUUUUGGUGCAAGACGGGGAAAUGUUCCUCGUCCUACCUACCUACUUCAUACACAUGAACAUCUUGAGCAUAAUAAGGAACACAUUGAUAAGGAACGAAAAUGAUGCCGCACAUAAUGAACGGUCACUCUCUCCCUUAUACUCCAGAGUGUCAGAGGGUGUGCUUAUUCUAGAUGAAUCCAUCAAAAAUACGACAAACUCGGACAAUUACUACAAAACCUAUUUUGAAAUUAUCAAACAAAAGAUAAAUCUUUUUUUGCACCAUAAAAUGCACAUAUAUAGCUUGCUCGUAUCCAUAAGGGAAGACAUCCUAAACUUUAAAUACUUUAUAUACUACGAAAAUUUUGUGAAAUUUCUGAAGCUUAUGGAUUAUUUCAUAUCAGUGCUGGACUCCAAGCUGCAGCUCAACGUGGAUUUCACCUUCGAGGACAUCUUCAACUCACCAAACACACUCGUCAAGCAAUCCGUCAACAAUAUUAUAAAUUUCAUUGAGAAAGACAAUUACAACAUUUUCGGAUUCGAAAUUAAGAAGUUUUACACGAAUAUAUUUGAAAAACAUAAGCACAAGAAGUACCAGCCCAGCUCAUUCCUUCGGGUUCUGGACUUCCUCCUCAAUAUGAUAAAGGUAGAAAUAGACUCCCAGAACAAGCAGAUAGACAUGUCCUUCAAUUUGAUCGAAAAUAUGCACAAAAGGAGCUACAUACAGAACUUGAAAAGUCUCGAAUCGGUCAUCCUAUGCGAACACAUCAAGAUAAUUUCCAACAUAAUGAAAUACAUCGAGAUAAACCUAGACAACAUCAUCAACCACAUUGUCUACAAAUCGGAGAAGAUCACCGUUGACCACGAAACGAUCAAUAAGGUGCAUAUCAUUCACGAUUGCUGCCUAAAGUACGACUUUAACGAAUUGGGAGCGACUGAAUUGACCAGGAAGUAUUUCAAUGAGUUGGAAAAGAAAAAUAUUAAAAUUUCAAAUUACACGAAGAAUUUGCAGAAGCUAUCCAAUGAAGAGUUAGACUACGAAGAGUGGUAUUCCAUUGCGUCGAAAAUUCAGGUUGACUAUUUUAAGAAGAACGAAUUGGUUUACUUUAAAGUUUUGAAGGAAUUCCCCUUUUGGAAACAUGGGGCGAAAUAUUUCACCGAAGAAAUUCUGGCGAAGAGACUCAAAGACCAUAAGUUGUACAUCGAGGAGAAGGACAUAAAAGCCCUCAGCAAUAACAAGCUAACCUAUAGCGAAUAUAAGGACCUCCUAUUUGACGUAAUGGUUAUCAGCACGACGGAGAAGGAUCUGGACGCCAUGAUCGUAAACAGAGAACAGUACGCUAUAUCCAUCGUGUGGAAAUUUUUCAACACCGAAAUAUGUGUCAACGGGAACGGCAUUCAUUUUGAAGAUGUCUACUCCAAGCUGAAGAAUUACAAAAAGGAUUUGAAGUACCUCUCACUGCUGAAAAAGGAAGACGUGUACAACUUGUUUAACGCUAUUGUAAUAUUCCACCGACUAGUAGAAUCAAUUGAUGAGCAAACAUUUAACAAGUACAAAAGCUACCGAAUUACAAACAUCCUUUUUGAGGAGCUAAUGGCCAGGGGUAUAUUCAUAUCUGGAGAUUCCCUCAUAACUAAGGAAUACGUCGAAUCUAUAUUUAACUACGACAUGUGGAGAAGAGACAUUAAGCAUGUAAAAGUUCAUAACAUUCUGAUAAGAUCCCUAGUUCCGACAAAGUAUGUGAAUUAUUAUUCUACUGCACCCAUUUUUAAGAUCCUCCAAUUCUUCGUGAAUUCAGGGCUGAAUGUACGUCUGGUUAAUGUGCUCGCCUCGGUAAUAUACAACAUAUUAAAGAUGGGGAAUAUUAAGGACGAAAUUUUCAAGAUAAUCAUGACUGAGGGACUUCUGCGGGGAAGCUUCGACGUCAUAAAGUUUAUCUUAAUAAAACUUAACAUAUCCCUAGACAAGUUAACAGAAACCGUCACGAUGAUGCUCACAUAUUUGCAUUUCCUGCAUGAGAACGGCUUCGUCCAAGACGUCUUGGAGAGCAUAGAUUACCGCAGGAUGUUUUCCAACCUGUUUUUCCUUCUCCAUAACUUAGUAGAGCAAUUCUACUUCAAGGCCAUAUUAGACUUCCUUAUGAAGUAUCCAUUCAUAGUAGAAUUUAUAAAAAAUAAUGAAGAGAAAAUUGAAGAAAUUUUGAUAAAAUUUAAAGGAUUCUUCCUCCUAAACUUUGGGACAUAUAUUAAUUUCUUCCAGCACCUGUACGACAGUAUUGGAACGAAAUUCUUGACUUACAUUAAAUAUUACACCACGAAAAUUUUAAACAACUUUUUACCUUUCUCAUCAGAAUUGAUUGAAAAGAUUACUCAAAUAGAGAUGCAGAGAAUCGGUUUGCUGGAGUUCAUUUCCUUCAGAGAUGAAGAGAGCCUCAUCCCCAUUUACCAAAAUGUUAUAGCUUUUGUGCAAGACGAAGAUUUUAUGAUUGAACUUAGAAUUUCUACCAUCACUAAACAUAAGGAGUAUUUCUCAAGCAGGAAAAAUGUGAAGAUUUCAGGGGCGGAGCUCCUAGACACCUUAUAUAAUAAGUACCACCAGUUGUAUGCCUCAAAUCAUGCUCUUCAAUCCGGGUUGAAGAAACCGAGUAAAAAGACCUCUUUAAAGGUUGCUUCUAAGGUGAAGAGGCCGUCCUUUCUUGAGAAGAGAACCUUACAUUUGGAGCAGAAGAAUAAAAGGAUACUCCACGGGAGGGGAAACCGGUUUGACACUGUUAGCUCCCCCUUGGGAAAUCACCUCCCCGGGGAAAAGACACACGCCGGGGAUGGAUCCACACGGAAGCGAGAUGCUAAACACCUAGUUAAUUUCUCCCCACAGGAUAAGCCCCUUUUGGGGAACCCCUCCAAUCAUGGGUUUAGCCACCUUUUUACCAACACGAAAUGGACUCCAAGUGCCGAGUCGGAGAAGGGGCAGCAAAAUAAGACAGGUGAACCUGGACCAAUAACACGGAGGAAAGGGGGACACCAGAAAAGAGAAAAGAUCCACGAUGAAAAGAAGCCGAACGAAUCAUUCACAAACCUUCUGAGUGGACAUACGAAAAACAUCUCCGACGCGUCCUUCUUGGAAAAAAAAACCACCAACAUGGUUAAAGAUUACUACCUUAUCGAAUCGAAUAGGUACAGGACGCUCAGCUGCUUGGAGAAAAUCUUCCUCCAUUCCUUUGACAGUAAUUCCAACAUUGGAGAAAAUAAAACCAAAAUAUGCAGCUCCCUGUAUAGCCACAAUUGGACGCACAGGAUGCGAACCGUGUCGAUGAAGAAGAUAAAUGACAAGAGUGCACAAACUUAUGGGUAUACACACGAAAUGUUAUUGAUAGCAAAAGUGAAAGGAUUAAAAUGCAUGCUCCAGUUCAAAGUGAACAUUGGACAUGAUAAUAAGAAAACCCUGAGAAAUAGGAAAUAUAAAAAAGCAAUUGCCGAUUUUAACAUUUUUAGAGAGAACAACGAAUUGUGCUUCCUAAUUAUUAAUAGCGAAGGGCGUAGGGACAAAAACGUAUUUCUCUGUUACCAUGCUGAGUUGGUCCCGUUUUAUCGAACCUACGAUAUUUCGAAUUACCUCAAUAGAAUCUUUUCCGACGUUGAUUCAAUCAAUACAAGCAAAAUGGUCAAGGAAAACGAGGAGGAGAAUGAGGAAAACGAGAAGGACAAGAGAGACCCGAAUGAAAUGUACAAAUAUCCAUUCAACAUCAUCGGAAGUGACACAACGGGAGAGACCAAUGAAGGACGUAAGAACACUAAAUCAAAGGGAGUCAAAUUGGAACAAUCUCAACAGGUAGAAGGACUCAGAGGAAGUGAAAAAAGAGGAAGAAAUGACACCACUGAUAGAAGUGUCAAGGAUAGAGAAAACGACACCAAUGCAAGGGAUUCCACCCCCUUUAGGAAUGACAAAGUGUCGCUCAAAAUGAACCAAACUAGCAAAAAAAAACGUUCAUUAAGGAACACAUUCAAAAACACGCUUAAAAAUGUUAGAAACGGAAUUAAAAAAAUGAAGGAUAAAGUGAAGAGUAAACCAAGGGAGGAAGAAAAAAAAGACGAUUCGAAGGAUAACAUAGGGAGAAUUAAAGAUGUGCUGAAAUACUUAACAGAGAAAGAAAUAAUAAAUAAGCUCCUAGAAUUUGAAUAUUUCCACUCAAGCAAGUGGACCUCCAACAUUUUUAGCGUCACCAUAGAAAACAUGAAAGGGAGUAAUGAAAACAUCAAGUUGGUUCUGGAGCUCGGGAAUUACAACAUAAACACCUACUACGAGGUGGAUAUCAAAUACGUCUCCAAUGUGCAAGCCUUACAGAAGCUAGAUUAUUUCAUCAAAAAAAGUAACGUCAGGGAUAUUAUAGCACAGAAGAUGAGGAUGUACAGCCAGCUGACGUUCCUUUUGAAGCAUAUUUUUCGCUUUAAGCAUGAAAUUAAAAACGUCUCGUAUAUCAAGUCGAGGGUCGAUGCUGAGAAGGUGAAGGAACCCACAAAGGACCCCCAGUCAGGGAAGGAAAACCGCCAGAGUGGAAGCCUCACCUCAGAUAAGCGUCUCAAAGAGGACAAAAGCGAUGAUGAAGAAGAUGACGAGGAGGAUGAAAUGGAGCAGGAAAGUGCCCACGGAAACGACUCGGAGCAUCCUUUCCAGGAGUAUAUAAAAUUCACUUGGUACAAAGAACACAAGAAGCAGGGAGUGGAAGCCAUCCUAGCGGUGAAGUCACUUAACCCACUCAAACUAAAAAACCAUAAUAGCGAAAUUUUAUGUGAAACAAAUGUGGACAUAAAAAAUCUGCUUAAUGUGUUUAGACCUCCUGAAGGGGGCGAAGGGGGGGAAAUCGAAAUAAAUGAGGAUGGAACGGGAGCGGUGAGGGACCAUUCGAAGGGUAACGAACCUGCAGAGACAACCGUGUCGAAUUUCACAUCCGAUUUGAUUUCCGAAACGGAUGUAGAACAAAUCAGGAGGAAGAGUAAAAAGGAGAAAUUCUUCACUGAUUAUGCUACCUACUUCAGUAAGAUCUAUCCUCUGACAGAAGAAGAGAAUUAUUUCAUAAAAACGAGGAUGAACAAAAACUACGCACUGCUCAAGUACCGACUUAUCCUCCUAUCCGUCAUCAUAAUCAAAAGCAAUAAUUUGAGAAACCUCAAAAAGAUGAGUAGCCUCAGCAACGAUUAUUUGAAAGAGAACUACAACGUGUACAAAAAUAUUGUCUUUCAUCGAAAUAAAUUGUUUCGAAAGAAAUACGUGUACAUAGACAGCAAGCACUACAUAAUUAAGAAAAAAUUGGAAUGCCUCAUAGGGUUGGAUUUUUACAGAGGCUUAAAGACUUCCCUCGAGAAGAAAAACAUAUUGCAGAGCUUUCUGGAGGACCUAACCGUCGAAAUAUCCAACAUGAAUAGGUUCUUCUACAAGUAUUAUUACAAUGACAAUUCGAACAUACACUCAUCUAGCUUCUAUCUGGACAAGCUGAAAAAUAUCAAGUCACUAUGUCCCCUCAUAUACAAUUUGAAGAGCAAGGAAAAGAUUAACAUAACGGAUACGUCCAAGGUGGACACAUCCAUCAAGCUGCCAAACACGAAGGAAGUAGAAAACGAAAUAGAGCAGUGCGAAAAGAGAGUCGGCUUCUACGGCAGUAACAUCCUACUAUUUGGGAAAGAGUUAGACGACUCGAUAGGUAAAAGAAGAAUUGAAAAUAUAGCCAUGUUUUCCUACGAAUGUGAAAAAUCCAUUUUUAAUGCAAAGAAUUUAAGUGAACUGGAUGACUAUCACAAAAACUUCUGCAUCAACAUGUUUGAAAAUGAAUUAGAAGAACGGGAUGAACGAUUUAGACCCAACACGGAAUGGAUCGAUAUGCUCUAUAAUACUUUCUCCUACAAGAAAAAUCAUAACUAUACAGGAAAUAACUACUCCGAAAUUAGAUGCUUUGGAUUUGCUGACCGAGAUGAGCUGAAAGAAUACGAAAAGAAGAAAGAGGCCAAGUGUAAAGUUACCAUCCUGAAUAGAACCCUCAAUGUACUUCAAGAAUUUAUGAACAACUAUUACAAACUGAAGAAAGAAGGCAUAAAUAACGGAAACGCCUACAACGUGUAUGUCCUCUUUAAAAAUAUCUACACAGUGAUGAUAUACAAACUUAUGUUCGAAACCAGGCCAUUCAAGCCGCUGCGCGUUCAACAGAAAUUGAACCUAGUCGGAAAUACAUACACCAAGUUGUUAUAUAAAAAGGAGAAUUACUCAAAGUUUAUCAAAUACAUGUUGGAUAAGACCAGCAGUUUGUAUCUCGAAAUUGAGUUGCUUUACAAUGAGCAUGUAUUCCUUAGGAACAUCCCCUUCCCCAGCGAAUCUGUGGACAUUCUUAUGUUUAACCACAAACCAUUUAGUGAUGAUGCCUACGGGUAUAGACUUCUAUCCAACUCAAAUGAAAAUAUAAACGAAGGGGAGGAAAACACCAAAGUAUACUCGUUCUUUGUGCUAAUUAUAAUAGGCUACUACCCAGAGAUUCAAAAGUCACUGCUCCAAGUGGCAGAAAAUGCAGACCUGAUUUAUAAACUGCUAGACAUUAAUGUGGAAGAGAUCAAGAAAAUUAUCCACGACAGUCAGAAGGGGAACGAUCAGGGUGCUGGAAGGGACGGAUCAUCGUCUUCCUCGUCCUCCUCUGGGGGAUGGACAACUCUGGAUAAUGGCACCUCAUCCAAUUUAGACAACAUGGAUAAGAGUCAAUUCGGAAUUGCUGGAAAAUUUGCCAACCCUCUUGAAACUUUAUUCAAUUUUAUUUUUAGCAAAACGGAUGAUGCCGACUCUGGGGAGAAGGCCUCUACAUCAUCUAUAGUCGAGAGUGAUGGGCUGAAUGGGAAUAACCACAAGGGGGACACGGCAUGGAGUGCUUCUGGGUCUUCUACGGAGUAUCCAUCGGUAUCUACAAUCGGGGCGUCUACCUCGUCUUCUUCCUCCGUCGCGGGGCAAUCCAUCACCUCACCGAGAAGCGCACCCCUCAAAGCCUACGAAAUCACUGACUUCACCUGGAUGGAGAAGGAACAAAUAGACAGCAUCAAGAGGCUAAUCGUGCAACACGAACUUGUUGACUACUUCAUAAAGGGAAUCAAAUUGAUGAAUCUGAAUAGCUUCGUAAGAAGUGAUAACUACCUGGAAGCAUUCAAGAAGGCUCUCAAUGAGGAGCUGAAGAAGAAAAAUUUUUAUCACCACUUUAUUAAGACUUCCCCCUUGUUCCACUUUGACUCUUAUAAAGUGCACCACCUGUUGCUUUUCGCCUUUUAUUAUGCUUUCUCCGACAUCAUAAGGACGAGAAGACAGUUUGUGAAUCUGGAGACUAGCCUAAAUAGAAGCAUUGACAACAAUAAGUCUGUUUAUAUGUACAGAACCCAGACAUAUAAAAGUUUCAAACUGGAUCCUGAAAAAAGAGACAGUCUAAAUAAGGAUCAUGAAGAAAUUGCAAAGUUUAUUUACAACAGCGCUAUACAAUACCGAUACAUCAACAGGAAGAAUCCUGACAAUGUCCUUUUCAAAUUUCGUGAAGAGCAAAUAGACGAACUGAUGGUCAUUUUGAAUAAUAAAAAAAAACAAAUCUAUAGUGCCAACGAUCUGGAAGAAAUCACCGCGUUUGUAGAAGUGAUGGUUGAAAAUUAUAUUUACAUUUUAAAUAAUUACCCUUCUAAUUUUAGCCUCAGUAAGCAUUCCUCCUUUUAUGAGAAUUUUAUUAAUAAUGUCAAACAGUAUUUUUUCUCCUACAACAAGAAGAAUAAUUUGUUUUACAUUAUCAACCAGAGAGAUAUUAACUACAAUAUGCAGAUUAUUAAGCACAUGAGUGAAAAAUCGACUGUCAUUAAUUUGAUCAAGUCUGCCCUACAGUUCGUCUUCUUGGGUGCCACCAGAUCGUACAAAGUCGACAGAGCGAUAAAGGAAAUCAUAAGUAUUAAUGAGGAACCCACUCUGAAAAUGGGACCCCAUCUGAAGCAGUUUAAAAAGGUGAAAACUCUUCCAGGAAAAUCUGAACGCUACACCUUUUUGCAAAGCACCAAUGGGUCUACAGCCCUAGAUGGAGGAAAAUUCCAUAGGGGAUACCCCAACGUGGUGAAGAUGGACCGCCAUACUGAGGAGGAAAACACAGACACGAUUUUGAUCAGUUCAAUGAAAAAACGCGUUAACCGAAGUGGAUGCUGUUGUUGCUGUAGGAAAAAAUGCCUCACUCUAGACAAAAGGAAUAACCACAAUAUGCGCGUGAACAAUUACCCCAUAGUUCCCGAAAUCAAGGACAAGCGAGGUAGGUGUGCACUUCCUUGCGAGUUUAAUGGGCAUUUUAGGGUCGCUCCUUCAAAGGGGAGAAUUGUCAACUCAAAGAAGAGGGGAACGCCAGGGAAGAAGCCACCUUGGAAUAAUGCGUUAUAUGCAUUUUGUGACAAAAACGGGAGGAAAGUUAUUUACAUGGCUGAUGAGGACGCAGAGAGGAGGCCAUUCCUACUGGGUGGCGCAAGAACGGGAGGCACUCACAACUGCGCUUCGGUUCGCAGUCCCAGAGUUGGCCUCAAAGGAGCAAGUUGGGAUGAUGAAGUGAAGCAUGGCGAGGUGCAGCAUGAUAGAAUCAACCACGAAAAAGUCAGCCAUGAUGAGGUGAACCAUAAUGAGUUGGAAUUAACCCAAUCAACAGACACCCUAGCAAUUGCGAGAGCCAUAGAAUACAAUUUCACUGAACAUGAACACAAAAAAAACUCAGACAGUAGCAUCAUGGAGGGCCUCUUUGGAAUCAGAAUGAAUAAUAUGUUUUCAAAAUUAAAAGGAGGAGUCUUUUCCUUCACUUUCGUCCAUGGUUUCGAUUUCUUCCUACGAAAUAGUCUCUUCUUUUACAGAAAAAAUAUAAUCUCCAAGUAUAUAACACACUAUGCAAAGACGAACGUAAUCCAGAGCUUGGAUAUGCUCUUCCUAAUAGUCAGGGAUCAUGAGUUGAAGACAUCUGUCACCAAUACCUGUUCAAUCAAACACAGUCUGUUUGACAUAUGCCUAUUUAAAUUUCAGAAUUUAUCCAUAGUACUUAAAAAUAUUCUUAACUUGAUCGAUGAAGACAAAAUCGAGAAAAUGCUUUCCCAGAUGAUUGCCAUGAUCCAUAUGAAGUACACGGGUAAUGCUCGAUUCAUAGAAAAUAUGAUUAAACAUUUAAAUAAUGAAUUGUCCAAAAAUAUCACUUCGAAAAAAUUAUUUGGGAAUUUUAUUUCCUAUCUCACCAUUUCGUCCAUACAAAAUGUGGAGUUGCAUUUUCAUUCCAGAUAUAAAAAGAAGUUGCUAAAGCUGAUUAUAACAAUACUGAAUGAGAUUUCCGGCACCAUUUCCAACGUAUUAGGGGAUCCUUUCUUCCAGUCCUACAUGUGCACACACCUGAUAAAGUUGGGCGAGUCCUUCAUAAGUGAGUUCAACGCGGAAAACACCGUGUACCGAUUUCUUAUGGAUGUCGGCGAGAUUAACUUUAUCGACAUUAUCAUUUCCUACGCGUAUAAGUACUUCCCCAAAGCGAUUCACGACUUCAUGGGGGACUAA